CAAACACACUACAUUCAUUCAAGUAUAAGAAUAUCCUUGUGGUUUCUACAUAUAGCACUUACCAUUUCACUUUGUGCCAGAACGCGCGAAGCUAGUCAACAAUAUUGUCUAUCAAUAGAUAAUUGUUAUUAACAGUUCGAUUUGGUUUUGUUACGUGAUUGUUGAACGGUGUUUUAAUUAUUAUUGUUGGCCAAAUUCUUUAUACGAAUGACUCAGAAACUGUGAAGUGUUUUGUUGUUAUCAGUUGCAAGAAUUAAAAAAAAUAAUUCACCAUGGAAGUCGAAAAUUGUCAAAGUCCUAGUGUAGCAGAAUGGUACAGUGGUCAAGAGAUUUUGAUAUCAGGAGCGACCGGGUUUAUGGGCAAAGUCCUUGUGGAAAAGCUUCUCAGGUGUUGUCCAAACCUUUCAAAAAUUUACCUCCUAGUAAGAGGAAAACGGGGAAGAGAUCCUUCACAAAGACUGGAAGAUUUUGUAAAUUCUCCUGUUUUCGACAACAUACGAUAUUCAGCAAAGGGACAACAUCUAAUAAAUAAACUGCAGUGCAUUUGCGGGGAUGUAACACAAGAAAAUUUGAAACUCUCCAGCCACGAUUUGCAUGUAGUUCAAAACAAUGUAACUGUAGUGUUUCACAUGGCUGCCAACGUUCGUUUUGACCAAAAAUUAAAAGAAGCCCUCCUCAUGAACACAGGAGGUACAAAGAGAAUGCUAGACUUGGCGCUGACAAUUAAAAAAUUGAAAGCAUUUGUUCACGUGUCCACUUCCUAUUGCCACUGCGAUCUUACGAUUUUAGAAGAAAAAAUGUACAAAUCGCCUCAAAGUCCAAGAAAAAUGUUAGAUAUGGUUCAGUGGAUGGACGAGGACAUUUUGGACGUUCUAACCCGUCCUUUACUAAAAAAUGCGCCAAAUACGUACGCUUAUACGAAAUGUUUAACAGAAGAAUUAGUUGGAGAAUACUCUUCACAAUUACCGAUUGCAAUCGCGAGACCAUCGAUUGUAACUGCGGCAUGGAAGGAGCCGAUUCCGGGAUGGGUGGACAACUUGAAUGGACCCACAGGAUUAAUCGUAGGUGCUGGUAAAGGCGUUAUAAGGACCAUGCAUUGUGAUGCUUCCCUAGAAGCUGACAUAAUGCCUGUCGAUGUAUCGAUAAAUGGUCUCAUUUUGGCCGCUUGGAAAGUUGGAAACAAUCCGCCCUCUGACGAACCCUUAGUAGUGAACGUGACUUCUUAUAAGGAUAAUCCUAUCACAUGGGGUGAAGCUCUAGAUUUAGGACGUAAGCAUUUCUACAACAAUCCAUUCAGCGUGUGUCUAUGGUAUCCUGGAGGAAGUAUAAAAUCCAGUUACUUUCUUCAUAUGUUGGCUGUAUUUUUCCUGCAUCUUGUACCGGCGUAUCUGAUUGACUUUUUACUUACACUCACGAGAGGAAAACCUUUGUAAGUAAAUUUGGAUUUAAUAUGGCAUUAAA